AGCCGCCCGCAGAAUUCGAAAUUUUUUACAAAAUGGUAGUCGUUAUAACAUAAACAAGCGCAUUUACGAAUCAGUUUAUACUGGUUAUUUUGAUCAAAUUUUUUGUAGUGUUAGUCACACAUGUACAUUUGAAAAUGGGUGCAGGAGAUUCAAAACCUGAUGGCAUGAAUACCCCAGAGACUCCUCAUUUUGCUGAAUAUGCCAAAUUAUUUAACCUUACAGAAGACCCAAGAUCGCCAACUGGCUCAAGAACGCCAAUUUUAGUACAGAAUACCUUGAUUGAUCCACGUUCUCCAAAUAGUGACGCAGACAGAACACCAAUCUUUUCAAUUCCGGAGCCGAUAUCUCCAUUUGUCAGGUUCAAAUUGGACAAUCCUAUCUAUCAGGACUCGCCGCUUUCAAUCGAAAAAUCAGGUGCACCUACAAAAGAUGUUUGUAACAACGCUGUUGUUGAGGAAUUUGAAAACUUAGAAAUCGAAAAUAAAGAGGAUAAGAAAGAACAGAUUACGACAGACAACGAUGUAUCAUCUAGUGUUAACAAGGAAGAAGACGGCUUUAAAAUUAAGAAGCGAAGUAUUUCUAAGAAUUUAGGAAGAACAAAAGCAAAGCAGUCACUACUGAAAACAGCUCUGUUUCAACCGUAUAUGGAUAAAGAAAACAGUGUAGAACUUCCACAAAAACAAAGCCAAGAUUUAACCCCCAAAAGAGCAACUCCUUUACAGUCCAAAAACGACUUUGUCAUCGUAAACAAGAACAUUAUUAAGGACACGGAAAGCAGCGAGGAGAAAAUUUCCAGACAAAAACUAAAAGGAAGCCAAAAGAAUAAAUGUGGUUUGUCAACAAGAAAAAACUGGAUUGUUGCUGAUAAAGAAAAUGUUCUGUUUUAAUUCUCGUGAUAAUUUAAUCAGGGUUUAACCAUUUGUAGUAAUAUAAUUUCUUUUUAAAUAUGUGAGUUUGUAGAAUUGCGUUGUCCACUAGGUCAAUGCUACUACCAAUCGAAAACAUAAAGUCAAAUUUUUAUUGUAAUCUACUUGUAUAUUAUUCAGUGUGUAUUCAUGUUCUUCUUUCAAUUAAAUUACUUCUGAAA